UCGAGGAAGGCGACAUAAAUAUAAGGUGCCGUACAUUACUUUGACGUGGCUUGUAUUCCGGCGAAACAGAAGGGAAACUAUGAUCCGUGGCAGCCUACUCCUGCUUUUGACCUUCGCCAUCUUCGCUCAGGCGUUCGGAUAUGCUCCAACGUACCGGUUUCGCUUCCUGAAGAGUGCUGGCCGUCCCCCAAAGCCCUUUAAACCAAAUCCCAAGCCUCCGCAGCCGACAACCCGGUUCAUCGGGCCAGUAAUUUCUUUUAGAGCCGCGCUUCCUCCGGUCCUUGGAUUAAGGCCAAUGGCGAUGCCGAUGCCGAUGCCAAUGCCGAUGCCGAUUCCGAUGGUACCCGCCCCUAAUUUCAUAGGACCCAAUCCUGGCGGGCUAGUUGCGGCUUUUGUGACACCAGCAGUAGGAGCUCCCAAUACUGCCUUAGGCUUCGUGCCAGGGCCUCUCGUUCCUACACCACGCCUCGUGCAGCCCGUCAUUUCUCCACACCAGAACUUCACGCUCUUGUCGAAGCACUCCUCAGGGCCAAGUGUGACGGCCACGGUGUUCCGUGCUCCCGGAGGCCUCUCUGCCACUAGUGUGCAGCGCGUUGAAGGCACGUCCACCUCGCUCUUCCGUGAGUCCGACACUGCCGGCGCCAAAACCACCACCACUACCAGUACUCGCAAGUCUCCACCUCUGGUUCGCGUGCCGGUACUAGGUACUGCGCGCCGCAUGGGGUUCUUUCCUGUGGUUGAUCCUCCCAUACAUUAUUUCGUUUACGAGAAAUAAAGACCGAACGCCUCUUGCUGAACAUGCUGCGUUCUUGUUUGCUGGAGAAA